CGGUAUUUUUUCACAUCACUAAAUAAGAAGCACAUUUAUUUUCACGUGUUUUGGUUUUGCGGCUCUGAAUAUUGUUUUGGAAUGGCUCUCAAACGGUUAAAAACAAAGAAAUCUAAGCGAUUGACCGGCAAGUUGAAGCACAAAAUUGACAAAAAAGUACGAGAGCACAACAGAAAAGAGCGCCGUGAGGCUAAAAAGACAACCAAGAAGGGCAGCAAAAAACAGAAGCUAAUACAGAUACCAAACAUAUGCCCCUUCAAAGAUGAGAUAUUAAAGGAGGUAGAAGAGGCAAAGCAACGGCAAGAGGCGGAGCGCCUUGCUCGGAGGGAAGCAUUUAAAGUAGAGCGUGAACAGAAUAAAUUUAAGUCUUUGGAAUCUAUGGUGGAGGAUGCUGAUAUGCGCAGCACAGUUCAUGGUAUAAUGCACGAGAACGAUGGAGUGGAUGACAAUGAGAAGAAAUAUAAGAAUGCCUCUACCAAAGAGCAGUCCCUCAAGCAAUAUUUUAAAGAGUUUCGCAAAGUUAUUGAAAACGCAGAUGUCGUGUUGGAGGUGGUCGAUGCUCGUGAUCCACUGGGAACGCGCUGCAAUGAAGUAGAACGAGCAGUGCGUUCUGCUCCCGGUAAUAAACGCUUAGUGUUGGUGCUUAAUAAAGCGGAUCUUGUGCCAAGGGAAAAUCUCAACAACUGGAUUAAGUACUUUAGGCGUAGCGGACCGGUAACAGCUUUUAAGGCUUCCACGCAGGAUCAGGCAAACCGACUGGGACGCCGCAAGUUGCGCGAAAUGAAGAGUGAAAAGGCAAUGCAAGGAUCAGUGUGUAUUGGUGCUGAGCUACUAAUGUCUAUGCUGGCCAACUAUUGCCGCAACAAGGGUAUCAAAACAUCUAUUCGCGUUGGCGUUGUAGGCAUACCUAAUGUGGGUAAGAGCUCCAUUAUCAACUCGUUAACUCGAGGACGUUCGUGCAUGGUGGGCAGCACCCCUGGCGUAACCAAAGCCAUGCAGGAAGUAGAGCUGGAUUCAAAAAUUAAGCUUAUUGAUUGUCCUGGCAUUGUGUUUACCAGUGGUGCAAAUACAGAUAGUUCACAUGCUGUACUGAAAAACGCGCAGCGUGUGGGAGAUGUGAAAGAUCCAUUUACCAUAGCCGAGAGUGUCUUAAAGAGAGCUAGUAAGGAGUACUUUUGCAAAAUGUACGACAUUACCAACUAUGAUACUUUUGAGGAAUUCUUUGCAAAAAAAGCAGCCAGAAUGGGUAAAUUCCAAAAGAAGGGUGUACCUGAUGUGGUUGCUGCGGCACGUAGUGUGCUCAAUGAUUGGAACACAGGCAAGAUUAAAUAUUGUACACAGCCACCUGAAGUGCACGAGGACAAAAGUGUGCACAUCAGUGCAACAAUUGUACAUGCCGAGGCACGAGAGUUCGAUGUGGACAACUUCGAAUCUAUGGAGACGGACAUUUUGAGCCAAUGUCUUGAGAAAGCGGAUGAUGUUAUGGAAAUAACCUCAAGCGGACCAUUAGAAUUAAAAGUACCGAAAGAAGAUAACGAGGCUCAAAAUGCUGCUGAAAUAUUAACAGAGCAGGAAACUGCGCCUAAAGGUCGCAAACGAAAAUUGAAUGAGGAUAAGGAAAAGAUAGAUCCCGCACUACUGCUUGAAGAAAAUCAAUCGAUAAACAAAAACAUUAAGGAUCUGCAGAAAAAGAAAAAGAAACAAAAUGUCCGAAAUGAAAAGAAGAUAUCAAAAAUAACGGAUGUGUUGGAUAACUUUAGUUUGGACAUGGGUUCAACGAAAACUGAUAAAUAUGAUUUCGACGAGGAUUAUAUCGUCGAAUAAACUAUGUGUUGCCUUCAAUAUAUUGUUAUAUUAA